AUGUCCGAACCCGAUAGUAAUCGGCCGGAGAAGCCUGCGAUAAAUGAGAAAGCAACAUCAGGAGUCCAGAAUCCUUUAAAUCCCCUUGAAUGCUUGCCCUCCGAGCUACGACACUGCAUUCUCGCGUCCUUGUCAGAUGUCACAUCCCUCAUCUCCGCCGCUUCGAGUUGCCGUAUUCUCUACGCGACUUUCAAGGAAAGCGAGAGCAUCAUUAUAUGGAACGUCCUUAUCAACUCCCUCGGAUCUAGUGUUCUACCCAUAGCCACCAUCACCUACCGAUGCUCUCCGCCAUUCUGCAGCGAAAGCCCCGAAUGCCAGAUAGGAUCUCUGAGGGAUGAGAUGGUGAAAUCUUUAAAGACCUACGCGUCCGAGUUUAUGGGAAAUUUGGAGCCAUCGACGCCCUCCCCUACCGAAUUUUCUAUGCGUGAUGCCAUAGCGCUCGAUGCUUAUCAUCACCAGGUAGUCUUGAAACUAACACAAAACCUCAUCCAAGCAUACAGUAGAACUUCGUCAUCCUACUUGGACAUUGGGCAUAGUCUACAGGCGCUUUCACCUUCAAGCUCUGAGAAAGAGCGGAUUGCUCGGUCGCUCUAUCAAUUCGAAAUAUUCCGUAGACUUUUUGGCUGUCUACGUCGUUGGGCACACAGAGCACAAGAUUUGAACAUGGUGUUUUUUUCCAAAUUCGCUCCUUGGGAGAAUGCGCAGUUAGCUUGCAUUCAUGAUUUCUUAGCUCGACAGCUGAUACCAGUAUUUAAUGAAAUUGCACGGCACGAUGUCGUAUGGGGGGGAGAAUAUUUAGUCAAUUUCGACGCGAACAUUGAUGAUAAUACGAUUCAGCACCUUUUAACAUUGGGUCUGGAAAGAAUUAUCCUAAUUACCUCUGCCGAAUCAUACAGAGACCGGGAGGCGCUACUUAAAAUCGAAGAGAUGCCACCUGAGGAAAAUAGCGCCUUUCUAUCGUAUUGUUUCGACGAAAUCAACAAAUUAAAUCCACACGAAGGUUAUGGCGCAGCCAUAUUGAAGGCGCCAGCAUUCUUUCUAGAUGAGGAUUCUGGUGCUGAGCAGAUAUGGAAGACUUCUUUAGAAUGCGACAUAAGUCGACAUUUCGCCAUCUACGAUGAGCUGGACUGGCCAUACCGCGAGUGCGGCUACGUGUUCUGGGACCAAGGGAGACUCCGGGCCCUUGGAGCUCUAAAGUCUGCUUGGAAACCUGCGGAGCGCUCGGCCUAUAAUUCUGUGGUCGAUAUGAAGGAAAUGGAAAGCUCUUGGGAAGAAAGAGCCUCUAUUUAUAACCGUGGCGGUCGAGGAUUUUGGUCAAAGGACGACGACAUGCAGGUCGUUUGGCCCGUCCGACAAAAGGAGCAAACGCCGCAUGUUGUACUAGAGUCUCUUGCAGAGGCAAAAGACUUUUGGCGGACUACUUUGAGACUAAAUAACAAGCAGUGA